AUGGGCUCAACUACAAAAAGCGUUCAACUUGAGCUCAAGAAUCCCGAUCUCUAUAGAGAUCAAGCCCAUGUCAACGGGCAGUGGAUUGAGGCGAUAUCUAAGAAGAGAUUUGAAAUCAUAGAUCCUGGAACAGGAGAAAAUUGGGCAACAUGCAGUGAUAUGGCAGCUGAGGACGUGGAUGAUGCAGUGCAAGCUGCGCACCAGGCUUUUAAGAACUAUCGCACUCUAACCCCACGACAACGUGGAGAUCUUCUUUUCAAAUGGGACAGUCUUAUUCGUGAAAACGAAGACGACAUUGCCAAGAUUUUGGUUUAUGAGACUGGAAAGCCUCUUGCUGAAGCGUACGGAGAAAUCCAGUAUGCUACCAGCUUCACGAGGUGGUUUGCUGCCGAAGCAGAGCGUAUUCAAGGAACCGUGUUUCAACCUGCCGUCGCAGGACGACGCAUUUUCACAUUCAAACAACCUAUUGGAGUUGCUGCUGCGCUUGUUCCAUGGAAUUUCCCAAUUGCGAUGAUUCUUCGAAAAGCGAGUGCCGCGCUCGCUGCUGGAUGCACAAUGGUCGCCAAGCCGUCACCUGAGACGCCUCUAACAGCCCUAACACUGGCCUAUCUGGCUCAGAAGGCAGGCUUUGAAAAUGGAGUUUUUAGUGUUCUUCCAACGACAUUGGCCAAUACUCCGGCUCUCAGUGAAGCCUUGUGCAAGCAUGAGCUUGUGAAGAAAAUUAGUUUCACGGGCUCGACCAGAGUCGGGAAGCUCAUUUCGCAACACUGUGCUGGAGGACUCAAAAAGCUCACCCUUGAACUGGGUGGAAAUUGUCCAUUCCUUGUCUUUGACGAUGCAAAUCUUGAUCAAGCUUGCGAAGCACUUAUGAGUUUGAAAUUCCGUCAUGCCGGUCAGGCGUGUAUAACCGCAAAUCGAGUUUACGUCCAACGGGGCGUGUACGAUCAGUUUGCUGAUAUUCUAGUCUCUCGGGUCAAGAAGCUCCGUGUUGGCCAUGGAAUGGAUGACAAGACUACAAUGGGCCCUCUUACUGUUCCCGCUGGCGUCGAAAAAGCUACUCGUCAGGUCGAAGACGCUAAGAAACACGGCGCUGCAGUGCUAACUGGUGGCUCGAAAGUGGACAAGCUGGGCGGUUACUAUUUCGAGCCGACCAUCAUCAAAAAUGCUCGAUCCUGUAUGCUCAUCACUUCUGAGGAGAGCUUUGCACCGCUCUUGGCAUUGUAUCCAUUUGAUACCGAAGACGAAGCUGUUCAAGAAGCUAAUAAUACCAGUAUGGGUCUUUCUUCCUAUUUCUUUACCAAAAAUGUCGACCGCACAUGGCGUCUUCUUGAGAACUUAGAAGCUGGAAUGAUUGGCAUGAACACCGGUAAUGCCUCAGCAACGGAAGCGCCUUUUGGUGGAAUCAAAGAUUCGGGAUACGGCAAAGAAUCCGGAAAAGAUGUAGCAGUACAAGAGUAUCUCAUCACGAAGACUGGCACAUUGACCGUGGAAGAUCAUUACUGA